AUCCUGAGGUGCAAACAGUCACAUGAUAUCAAAUCGACUUCGCAUCAUCCCGGAAGUCAUAUCACGCAUCAUACCGUGGUAUAAAUAUUGCAUCUUCAAAGCUCUCCAACACGGCACAAAAAUAAUUUAGCACAUCUCUCCUAGUACUUACCACCGGCGAUACCGUACUCCACAUCUAAAACAUAGUCAAGCAAUCACCCAGGAGCAGAAAGCCUCAUUCUCAAUCCCCGCCUACCCCAAACAGCAAAAUCUCCAACCAUGUCCGCCCAAGCCACAUCAACGCAAUCCACAAGCCAAAAACAACCUGAUGCUGCACCCCAGACUCAACAGCAGAAGCCCGCCGUCCUAGAAGAAGAUGACGAGUUUGAAGAUUUCCCAGUCGAAGACUGGCCUCAAGAAGAAGCUGAAACAACCGGCUUCGCGUCUGGCGGAGACACCACCAACCACCUCUGGGAGGAGAGCUGGGACGACGAUGACAACAAUGAGGAUUUCUCGAAACAGCUAAAGGAGGAGCUAAAAAAGGUCGAAGCGGGGAAGGGAUCAUAACAUUCUGCCUAUUCCGGUUUUUCUUUUUUCUAGGGUGUGGGAGCUUUGUUUAUUAUUUUCUCCUCCUCUUGACGGACGGACGAUCGUGGGAGGGGAUUGAUAUGGGAGUAUUGAUUUGAAACGAGAUGAUAUAAAUCAAAUAAACCGGCGCUGGGGUUCUUCUUUGUUUUAUUGUUUUUGUCUGUUUGUGCGUCUAAUCGUUGUUUUACUGCUGUUCUGUAAAACUAAUAGCUUUUCUUUUUUCUUGUCGUUUUUUGUAUGGCUUUCCAUUUUACAGGUGAAAUAUUUUAGCAUUAUCUUGCUCCUUUGUGGUUUUCUUCCUAUCUUUCAAGAGUUCAUUGAAAAAGAGGGGGUAGAUUUGUUUAUAUGCGCAUGCGCCCUGAUCCCGAUACAAACACGACCGAACUGCUAUUAGACAACGACAGUGAGUGAAUUCGACUUUUGUUCUUUCUGCCAGACGUUCUCUACCACGCUGCAUAGCAAUAGACGGUUGAGGAUAUUAGAAGAGACUCAACUCAAGAGGUUGAGAGAGUCAUCAAAAUAAUAAACCAUGAUGCAUCAAUAGGAUUAUAUCAUGAAAGAUCCCUGGCCUAU